CAUUAAUAGUUUAAAUAAGUUUAAGUCAUGUAGUAGUCAGUAUUUGAUUAGUGCAUGCAAAAAUUGUUGGUGUUUACUUAAGUUAAGUACUAAAAGUGCUGUUACACUUUAUAGGUUAUAUUGUCACAACAAAACAUUUUGAGCAUCUAUCCUUUACCCCUUUACCAUGUCGAUGAGACCUGACGACCAUCGUCGCAAAUGGGACAAAGAUGAAUACGAACGAAUUGCUGCAGAACGUCUCCGAGAUGACAGUGAAAGUGACGAUGAUACCUCUUCCAAAACCCCAGCCCAAAGGGAAUACCUGAAACAGAGAGAUUACAAAGUUGAUUUAGAGAGCCGUUUAGGCAAAAGUGUUGUCAUUAAUAAAAGUACACCCAACUCUCAGUCUGGGGGUUACUAUUGUAAUGUCUGUGAUUGUGUUGUUAAGGAUUCGAUUAACUUUCUCGACCACAUAAAUGGCAAGAAGCAUCAGAGGAAUCUGGGGAUGUCGAUGAGGGUUGAACGGAGUACAUUAGAUCAGGUGAAAGCGAGGUUUCAGACAAACAAGAAAAAAAUGGAAGAGAAGCAGAAAGACGUAGAGUUAGAAGUUCGGAUACGUGAAGCCCAAGAAGAAGAAGAACGACAGAAGGAGUACAGGAGGCUAAAACGAAGGGAACGGAAAAGAAAACUUGAAGAAGCUGAAGAAGAAGUCGGUGAAGGUCAGGAAGAACUUGCUUCGAUCAUGGGUUUUUCAGGUUUUGGAGGUUCAAAGAAGUAAAGAAAUAUAUUAGUUUAAAGUAAAAUUGUGCAUAAAUAAACGUAUUUUAAGGAAUUGGUUUUACAUUUGAUAUACAUAGCAAGUGUGUUUUAAGUUAAAUGAAAGUACAAAAGUAUGUGAGCCCAAAUAAUAAAAUAAA